AUGAAAGUUGCCAGUGUAUUAAGUUGGUCUUUGUUAACCAUACCUACUGCAUUUGCGUCACAAUCUUCAGAAAAGGAAGCAAUUGUAUAUCCUUUGAGUUAUCCAAAUGAUAAGCAAGUCAAUUUGUCCAAGAAAGAAUCAUUAAUUUAUAUUAAUACUUUCUUAAAUGCAGACCAAUCAUCAACUAAAUUGAAUGACAAUGAUGAUUUAAUUGAAUUAAUCAAUGGUUUGUAUUCAGGUUCUUCACUGGCACAACGUAGCAAGAUUGUCAUUUCUGUCAAGGGAGAAGAUUUGGAUCUUGACAAACCAUCUUUUAAAUCCCAUCACUUGCCACAAAAGAAAGUUGCCAAAGCUAUUAAUCAUUUGGCUGGUGAAAAAUUUAGAUUAACUCCAGAAAUGACUUAUGUGACUGAUGAUAAUAACAGUGAAAACUCAAUUGUUCAAUUUUUCAAAUAUUUUGACCAUAGAUUGGAUUCUAUUUGGAAAAAUUUCACUGAACAUCAUAAACAAGAAAUUCAAGGUUACUCUCCUACAAAUGAUAAGAUUUUCAUUAAUGAAUUAUCACAAUUGAUCCAUCUUAACAACCGUGAAAUUGACAACAGAAAUUGUGGUUUAUUAGUUGACAAUAUAAGACACUCUUGCGAGGGUCCAUCUGAAGUUUUCUUUAUUGAAUUAUCAUCUUUGGUUUCUAUCAAGAGAAAAAUCGGUAGUGAUUCACAAACAUUCAUUCAUUCAAAACAAGUCUUGAUCAAUUUAAUUGAAAAAUUGAAUGAAAAAUAUGAUGUUUUGGUCAUCUCAUAUCCAAAUUCAAAAGAUUUACCUCAUUUGAAUAAGAGAACAAUUGAGUUAUCUUCCAGAUCUUUCCAAUACGGAAGUGAAGAUGCUUGUGAAGUUGCCACCAACAGUUGUAACUCACAUGGUAAAUGUAGACAAAAUGGUGAAUAUUGGUCCUGUUUAUGUGAACCUUCAUUUAAUAAAACUACUUCAAAAACUACCACUUGGGUUGGCUAUGAUUGUUCUAAGAAAGAUGUUUCUGUUGAAGCUAAUUUGUUCCUUUGGACAACAAUUGCAUUAGUUGUUUUAUUGGUUGGUGGUAUUAAAUUGAUGUUUAGUAUUGGCAACCAACCAUUACCUGGAGUUUUAGAUGCUGCAACUGUUCCAAAGAAAGGUAGCUUGUAA